UCUCUGCUGGGUACUGAAACACACAGCAAGCAGGCUGUGUAGCCCAGUAUCUACACCAUGCAGACAUCACACUGUUGGUAACCUGCUGCUGCCACAACAAGCCGUCGCCCGGUGUAUUUAAAACGAGGCAUGCGCAAAUAUGCAAUUGUGGAGACCAGUGAAAUGACUAUAUAGCACUGUUCCCCAAACUGGCGUCCCUCUACUGAAUCUAGUUGAUGAUCCCUGCUGUGUAGCCUUCAGUCCUGCUGAUUUGAAUAGUAUCAAGCCCGUGAUCAGAGCAACAGACGGCUCUCUGGAGAUCUCAUUUUCAUCUUCUUCAGUCCUCUAUGUGAGACAAGCAGGAUGGGUUGUUCCACGAGUACCCAGACGACAGCGCAGGACACCACCAGACAGCCCAGCUCUAAACCCGAGGAAAGCAAUGGAACCAGCACUACAGUGAUCGUAGCAGCCACAGGAGAGGAGGCCCAGCCUGCUCCGGCUGCAGCCCAAGCCGAGCCUCCUGCAGACAGCACAGACCCGUCCCCAGCCCCUGCUCAGAGUGAGACCCAGCCUGCAGCCGAUGCUCCUGCAGCAGCCACUUCUCCGGAGCAGCCAGCCAGCUCUCCAGAGCCUCCCCCUGCAGCCCAGGACCCAGCCCCUAGUCAGGGAAAUGAAGCCGGUCUUCCCAUUAUUGUGGAUGAAGAAUCUGCAUGAAUGUCCUAAUUCGAAAGCGAAGGAGCAUGACACCACUUGCCUGUUGCCAAGCUGCAGACCAGCUGAUCCCUGUGACCAGGAUCAAUCGGUCAUCACUGUGCCUUUUUCCUCUGUAAAUACUCUAUUUCCUGUGCAUUUAGUUGUGUUAUUAGCAUUGUUUAUAAAACAUUCAUUAGAUAAUUACUUCAAAGUAACUUAUAAAUGCUUAUUAACUUUUGCUUGAAUUUAAAAUCUACAUUUCUGGUGACUAGAGUUCGUAUUACAGCCUUGUAAAGAUGUGGGAUCAAGUAUGUGAGAUCAAGUAUGUGGGAUCAAGUGUUAAGCGACCAACACUAAUUUGUCAGAAUAAUUCAUUCAGGAACAACUUGAAUCUAUUUACUCACACAUAUUUGAGAAUUGAAGCCAACAACUAUCAGACAAUUACAUGAUGUUGUUUUUACAGCUGGCUUGACCUGUACAACCAUGUUACAACCAUGUUACAACCAUGUUAUAAGGGUAUAUAAUAUGACCAUGUUGGUCCAUGUUAUAACGGUUUGAAUAAAACAGUUACUGAACUCAA